CGCCAUCAUCAAUGCGAUUAUCUCCACACGCUCUGCUCCCUCCCAGAUGUCGCCACAUGAUGCUUUUCGCCACUCACCCAACAUAAAGUUUCGACCUUUGAACCUUUCUCACCAUCUGUCUCUCUCUCUCUCUCUCUCUCCAUCGACCUUUCGUUUUGGUGUUCGAAAUUCCUGCACGUUCCCACAUUUUCUCUCUCUCUCUUUCGGUCUUCUGUUUUCUCGGCGUGAAUCUUCUUCUUCCAUCCCCUCCCGGGUCUUCCGGAGCUCUGUCGAUGGCGAACCAAGAUCUGGCCUCCCCUCUCCUCUCCCCUCGGCGCCACCCGUCCGAUCCCCCGCACUCCAUCGUCACCAUCCACCACGACAACGGACCCCCGUCAAAGCAGAACCUUCGGAAGCCAAAACCCAGAACCCAGAACCACCACCACCGCCGCCAUAACAACGGCAACGGUGAUAAUCACAACUGUAACAAUCGCGUCCGCGGCGGCAACGGCAACGGCAACGGCAGCAAUACCCACUUGGAGAGGCCCGACCCCUUCGAGUUCCUUGGGUCCGGGAGCUUCUCCGUGCCCGCGGCCAGCACCGUCGACCCGUUCUUGAAUCACACCGAUAAGGUCGAUGGGGUCUACGAGGUGGUGAAGAUCGUGCUGUGCCUGCCCAUCGCUCUGGUGAGGCUCGUGAUCUUCGGGGUUUGCCUGUCCGUGGGGUUCAUCGCCACCAAGCUGGCUCUUCUGGGUUGGGAGGAUAAGGAGAACCCGAUGCCCAGAUGGAGGUGUCGGCUCAUGUGGGUUACCCGGAUUUCCGCCCGUUUUAUCUUGUUCUCAUUUGGCUACCAGUGGAUAAGAAGAAAAGGAAAACCCGCUCCAAGGGAGACUGCUCCUAUAGUUGUGUCAAACCAUGUGUCAUAUAUCGAUCCCAUAUUUUAUUUUUAUGAGCUGUUCCCUACCAUGGUUGCUGCCGAGUCCCAUGAUUCUAUACCCUUUGUCGGAACUAUCAUCAGAGCUAUGCAGGUAAUAUAUGUUAAUAGAUUCAUUCCUUCAUCAAGGAAGAAUGCGGUUAAUGAAAUAAAGAGAAAGGCUUCCUGCGAUAGAUUUCCUCGGGUGAUGCUCUUUCCUGAGGGAACAACUACUAAUGGAAGGGUCAUUAUUUCAUUUCAACUUGGUGCAUUUAUCCCUUCUUACCCGAUUCAACCAGUAAUUGUCCGUUAUCCUCAUGUACACUUUGAUCAAUCUUGGGGAAAUAUCUCCUUGGCAAAGCUCAUGUUCAGGAUGUUCACUCAGUUUCAUAAUUUUAUGGAGGUGGAAUAUCUUCCUGUCAUUUAUCCGCUUGAGGACCAGAAAGAAACUGCUGCCCGUUUUGCGAAGAGAGCGAGCAAUGCUAUUGCGACAGCUCUGAACGUCACCCAAACAUCCCAUUCUUAUGGGGAUGUCAUGCUUCUUAUGAAAGCUGUCGAGUCAAAGCAGGGGAAGCCUUCGAGUUAUAUGGUUGAAAUGGCGCAGGUGGAAUCUCUCUUCCAUUUGAGCAGCCUGGAAGCCGUUGACUUUCUGGAUAAGUUUCUGUCGAUGAAUCCAGACUCAAGUGGGCGUGUGUCAAUGGAUGGCUUUUUGAGGGGCCUGAGACUGAGAGCUUCUACUCUUUCUGAAGAGAUAUUUAGGUUCCUUGAUGUGGAUAACUACGGAAAAAUCACAUUCAAGCAGUUUUUAUUUGGGUCGGCUCAUGUUAUGAAGCAACCAUUAUUUAGAGAAGCCUGCCAACUGGCACUUCGGGAAUGUGAUGUAGGAGGCAGAGGUUACAUCUCAGAGGAACAAUUGGGAAAUAGCCUUAGAGUAACCAUGAUGAAUAUGAGCAAGGAAGAGAUUCGCGAACUGUUCGAAUUGUUUGAUGGGGAUGGUGAUGGAAGGGUGAGCAACGACGACUUUAUGUCCUGCUUAAGAAGAAACCCACUCCUAAUAGUGCUCUUCUCUCACUGUUUAUGGCACGAUGAUUCGUCAGAAGCUGGUGACAGAACAGCUGAUGAGAUUGUUUGAGUAUUGGUUUUCUUGCUUCAUGUUAGGUAAAGUUUGUAUUGUUUGCUGCUCCCAUGGGUUUUGAUCUGAGAGAGAGGGAGAGAGAGAGAACGGGGUGCUUUCAUUUUUUUUUCAGUGCCCCCUUACUAGGAAGGGACUUCAUGAAUAUACUUUAUAUCAAAUCGAUAUACAAGUUUUUGUCUUGAGAUUGCCUUCAACAUAGUUUUUUCCUUAUC